AUGUCAAAUUCAGCUAGAUUAAAUGAAGCGGUUGAAUGUGAGAAAAAAGCUGAAGAAUGGUGGGUUUUUGGCUGAAAGCUUGUAUUUUCUUGGAAAAAUAUUUCGAAAAAAACAUCUUAUGAAGUUUUUUAUGUCACUGUUUCAAAAACUUGUGUUGAAAAUUUAUGGAAAAUUUUUCAAUCUUCUAAAUCUGGAAAAAUAUAAUUUGUAUUCUUCAGAAAAUAAUUUUUUUCUCUAAUCUCACAAUUAGCCAAUGUCAAAAAAUGUUUUCAACAAUAUUCCGAAAAAAAUUUGCCCAUUUUCAGUCUCAAAACAUCGAUGCUGAAACUAAAGCUGAAACCAGAUUUUGACGGAGCAGCAAGUUCGAUGGAAAGAGCCGCUGUUUGUUAUCGAAACUCGCAGGAGCACAAAAAAGCAGCAAAUUCGCUGAUAAAAGCUGCUAGUUAUUAUGAACAAAAUAGGAAUUUAUUUCAUGCGGCGAAGUAAGUUUUUUAUUGAAAAAAUCCCAAUAAAAUAAAAAUUCUAGGGCUCGUGAAGGUGCUGCAAUGAUGCUUCGAGAUAUGAAAGAUUUCGGUGAAGCUGUGAAAUUAUUUGAAUUAGCAAUUGAUGGUUAUGCUGAAAGUGGAAGUCUUGAUACAGCAGCAAUGACUGUUGAAAAAGCAGCGGAUUGUUUGAAAAAUGAUGAUCCGAAAAAAGCGCUUGAUGUUAGUUAUAUUUUUUAAAAUAAUAUUUUCAUAUUUAUUUUUUUCAGAUUUAUCAAAAAGGUUUGUCACUUGUCCAACAAUCUGAUCGAGCAAAAAUGGCCGGGCAAUUUUUAAAUAAAAUCACAAAAUUAAAUUUGCAAUUGGGUAAUUAUAAAGAUGCAAUGAUUUCAAUUCGAGAAGAAGUUGAGAAAUAUUUGGAAGUUAAAGAAUUACCAAGAAUUGGACAAUUAGCUAUUGGAUUAGUUUUGGUGAAUUUGGCAAAUGAAGGAGAUUCGGUUGCUGCCACAAAAGAUUAUGGAUGGAUUGUUAAGUAUGUUGAAUUCAAAAAAAAAAAUAAACAAAUACAAAUGUUCUUUUUUCAGUCAAGUUCCUGAUUUUCAAUCUACUGAAGAUGGUCGAGUUUGUGAAUCUUUGAUUGCAAAUUAUGAAAAUGGAGAUGAUCAAAGUUUUCAAAAUGUAUUGAAAUGUGGAGCACUUCGAUCAAUGGACAAUGAAUAUUUGAGAUUGAUGAAAACAUUAAAAGCUCCUGAAAAUUCUGGUGGAAAUGGAAAUGAAGAAGAAGAUGAUGAUGAUCUCAGAUAA